CAUCAGGGAGCCCCUGUACACACUUUAACCUCACAGCCAAACCAGAGACAUGAGCAACAGAGCAAACAAGACUGCAAGGAAACCGCGACGACGACUCAGUCCAAACAAGGACAGGCUGACGGCAUCCCAAAGGAAGACGCUGUCGUGCUUAAAGAGUGGAGUUUUAAGACCAGCGAGUCAUCAAUCAAUGAUGGCAAAACAGGUAAAAUGACAGAAAGACCUCAAUCAGUCAAUGCAAAAGAGCCAAUCAAGAGAUCCGUGUCUGAAAACGGGAUAGUGAUGGAUAGUGACGAACAGAGGUCACUGGAUAAACACAAGGAAAGGCAAAAAAAUAGCGCAAAUAGAUUGAAGAGGAAAAACACAAUGACCCAAGAGGAAGGUUCAAGAAAAUUAACAUUAAACAAGCCCAGAAGAAAACUGAAAAAGGACCUAAUACCGAACCCUGAGGUUUUCCACAAGAUUGACACGCAUGCAAUCAAUACUGGAAGAGAGCUCAGAAUCAGAAAGAUCUUUUCAGUGCGAGCAAUCACCCAGACAAUCACAGAGGGGGCAAGCAGUGAUUUAGACAAACUGCGUGCCAUCUGGAUCUGGCUUUGUCACUACAUCGAGUAUGAUGUGCAUGGCUUACUGGGGUUAUCUAAGAAGACGGUCUCUGCUGAGGAGGUCAUUUCGACUGGACGAGCUGUGUGCGCUGGUUACUCCAACGUCUGUUCACAGAUGUGCAGGGAAGCUGGCAUUGAGUGCAGAGAGGUGUUGGGCUAUAGUAAAGGCCUUGGUUACGAGUACGGUCAUAGUUUCCGAAACGCUAAAUCUGACCACAGCUGGAAUGCAGUGUGUCUUGAUGGACAAUGGUACCUGUUGGACGCCUGCUGGGGAGCUGGAACUGUGGACAUAGACAAAAGAGCCUUUACAAAGAAAUAUAACGAGUUCUACUUCCUGACCGACCCCGAGAUCUUCAUUACCGAACAUUAUCCUGAAGAGGAGAAGUGGCAGCUGUUAGAAAGCCUUAUUACGAUUGAAGAGUUUGAGAAGAUGGUGAACAAAGGUUCUAACUUCUACAAACUAAACUUAACUCUCAUUCACCCGAAACAAUACCUUAUAGUUACAGAAAACGGCGAGGCGACGGUAUCGAUGACUUUCCCUCAGCUGGUCCAUUUCAGCUAUGACAUUUUCCAGCUCAGUGGCAAAAAUCGACAAAAGGUGAGCAAUUCCAUGGGCUUUUUCACCAGCACACAGCACAGUAUGAAGCUACGCCUCAUGCCCCCAAACCCUGGCAUGUAUGAGCUUAGGCUUUUUGCUGGAGCUGAAAACACAAGCAGAACAUUGGACUGGAUCUGUUCCUUCCAGUUGAAAUGUCCAUCACCCAAGACCUCAGAAGAGCUGCCCGAGAAUCCUCACAAUUGCUGGGGCCUGCAACCAGAUUCAAUGAGUUUAGGACUCGAGCCUUGCAAUUUUGGGAAUGACAUCAUUUCACUAGAGUCUGGAUCCUUUACGGUAGUCUUAAAGACCACCAGACCACUUAAGGUGGUGGGUGAACUGAGCCACAAGAACCUAGAUGACACUUUAGCUGAGAAAUGCUUGGCCAUUCAGACUGAGCCAAACCAAAUCACAUGCAACGUCCUCUGUCCUUACUAUGGUUUCUACCGACUGUCUGUGUUUGUGAAGGAUUGGACGAAGGAAGGCGGAUUAAAAAAUGCAGGCAACUUUCUUCUAAACUGCACAGCUGGUGCCGUUAACCUGAACGAGCUUUUCCCCAGCGGCCUCACCAGUUUUUGCGGUCCUGGUAUCCAGACUCUGGAGGCCGGCCUCUUCGAGUUCAGCCAUACACAACCACUGGUUGACACACAGCAUGGAAAGUGCGACAUCACCUUCCAAAACCGUCAAGACAUAGAUCUCUUCUGCAAAUUAUUCAAAGAGCCGGGCGAUGGACCAGCAAGUCAAACUACCCUUUCAAACCACAUCCUCUUCACGCACAGUGGGAGCAAAGUCACCAUAAGCAUCAGCCUACCUGGGUCAGGAAUCUACAAGCUCGGCCUCUAUGGAAAUACAUCACUAAAACAAGCGUACCCCCUCCUGUGUGAUUACAUUCUGAAGAACACCUCUGUGAACAGGUGGCCUCCGUUUCCACGCAUGUACGGAUCCUGGAAGAAGGGCUGUGUGCUGUUUGAACCUCGCGAGGGCCGGCUAGAGGCCUCGUCCUGGGUGACAUUUCGUGUACAAGUCCCAGAGGCCCGAAAAGUGUGUGUGGAAGGAGAUAAGAGUGUGGAUCUCCAGCUCAAUGAGAGCGGAGUUUGGGAAGGGAAGGCGUUUACAGGCAGAGGACCAGAACUCCACCUUAUGGCCAAGCUGAGUGAGACCCCUAAUAAUACGAUGAUGUUCCUGAUGACCUUCAGUGUGGUUGAACCAGAACAUAACAAAGGAUCUCCAGCUCAUAUGCAUUAAUGCCAAAAGCUAGACUGCCAUGAAGCCUUAUUGUAACUAUAUUUGUGUCCCAACUGGCACACUAUACACUCCGCAAUCAAUCAAUCACUUUUACUUAUAUAGAGCUUUUAACAACACAGAUUAUAUCAAAGCACUGAAACCAUGUAAUCUACCAUCUAGAGUAUUUUUUCAUCCUGUUUUGGAGUCUGAUAGAGCCCUAACUUUUCAGUUAAUUUAGGGCAUGAUCGUGGUUUUUGAAGUGCAUCUUUUCUUUUUGCAAUUCUCAGUGGAAACACACACUAUUUGUGGUAUUAAAUUGCUUGUGAAAUAUUUCUCAUCUGUGAUAAUAUCAUAAUUCUAGUUUUAGCAAUAUGCAAGCUGACAUUAUAGAGUAUGUCCCUCACUUUGCAUAUAACAAACAAAAACGUGAUUGCAAAUGUGACACAAACAAACAAGUGAAUACCAAGGGAGUUACAUUUUAGACUCAAUAUUGUCUAUUGUUGUUGUUGUUGUAGUCUUUUUACACCAAAACAUGGCUCCAAUAAAAGCUGGAGUACAUCAGUACGGCAGUGUUUAAUUUCUGAAUGAACCUUAUGAACAAAUCAUUUGAGCGAAUGAUUCAAAGUAUAAUUUUACAAAAACAGUCUCUUGAUCUGUUUCGAAAUGAAUUAGUCAUUUUGAAUGGAUGAUUCAGUGAAUCACUCAUAAAGACUGGUACUUGCUGCCACCGCCUGUCAGUGUCAUAUUUAUUAAUCUAUAAUAAACCAAAACCAGCAAAAAACCAAAUACACUUCACAAUAUUUCACAUCCCUAACUGGGCUUUUCAUAUCUUAUUUAUUUAAUAAAAUAGCACACUGAAACUAAUUUUCAAAGUUUCCAGUAGAAGAAGAUUCAAAAGAUUGUGAGAAUCUUUAAUGUAGUGGUUUGGUGCAUUUUACAUAUCAUGAACAAAUAUUCUAAAAAUCAUACCUAUAAUAAAAGUAAUAGAAUAAAAUCAUGACAUUGCUGUAUUGUAAAUACUACUCUAUGGGGUAUUUUGGGAAAUGAAAAUUGGAACAAAUGUAUACUAACGUAAAAAAUAUAUAUUUAAGCAGACACAGCUGAAUAAAAUGCUUCCUUCAGGAGCUUCUGUUUUGGGGAGUCAUUACUACAAAUUGUUAGUCUCGUUUCUGCUGGAAAUAAUAUGCGAUAUUAAUGAAAAUGUAUGCAUGACAUUUGAGGGAUAAUCAAUUUGCAUGAAGCCAAAGUAACUGGGUGACUUUAUGAAAUGAAAUGUUUUUACCAAAUUUCUUCACCGACCCUAAAACGAGCACGCAUUCCAGCAGCGUUCAAACUCUCUUUCAAGGUUGUUGCACUUACUGCACGAGAAGCUAAAAGCAAAAAGAAUGCUAACUUAGACCUCAGCAAGAAUCGAAAAAACCGAUGCGACUUUUCUCCACGCGCUCUUUUGUAAGAACGGUGCUGCAUCCCACAUUAAUGACACACUUGAACUGAGUCUGAAGCUCUGGGUUUUAGCGUAGGCGUGAUUGGUCUGAUCUGCUAGACAUUCACUAUCUGUGCAAGCUGAUUAAAACUAUCCCUUACUAAAACCAAGUGCACACAUGACUCCGAGGAGACUGGCAUUAUAAAAAAAAUACAUUACAAAGAUAUUAAUAUUAAUUGAUAAAAACGUCUGUGAAAACUGUAUAAUGCAAGUGACAUACAGUAGCUUUAUCACUGAUUUCAAGUCGUAUUGUGUCUUUCCGAUGUUCAUUCGUGUUUAUUUCAUGCUAUAACUUGUAAUAAAGUGAGACUUUU